AGUGUGUGUGUGUGUGUGCAGCCGGAGCAGCCGAGCGCACAGAGGCGCCGCCGCCGCCGCUCGGGUUAACUCCUCCCUGCCCGCCGGUCUUCCCUCCCCAGCGUGCCGCUGCUGGUGCCCGCUGCGAGCGCCAGCAUGAAGCGUGUGCACCCUGACUACAGCUCCUCCGAUAGCGAGCUGGACGAGACCAUUGAAGUGGAGAAGGAGAGCGCCGACGAGAAUGGAAACUUGAGUUCGGCUCCUGGUUCCAUGUCCCCAUCUACCUCUUCCCAGAUACUGGCUAGGAAGCGUCGAAGAGGAAUCAUUGAGAAACGCCGGAGAGAUCGAAUCAAUAACAGUUUGUCAGAGCUGAGGAGAUUGGUACCCAGUGCUUUUGAAAAGCAGGGAUCAGCUAAAUUAGAAAAAGCAGAAAUUCUCCAGAUGACUGUGGAUCAUCUCAAAAUGUUGCAUUCAGCAGGGGGAAAAGGCUAUUUUGAUGCUCAUGCUCUUGCCAUGGACUACCGGAGUUUAGGAUUUAGAGAAUGCCUGGCUGAAGUUGCCCGUUACCUUAGUAUCAUUGAAGGGCUAGACACGUCUGAUCCUCUCCGGGUUCGACUUGUCUCUCAUCUCAACAAUUAUGCCUCUCAGCGGGAAGCUGCCAAUAGUGCACACACAGGCAUCGGACAUAUUCCCUGGGGCAGUGCCUUUGGACAUCCCCCUCACAUCUCUCAUCCCUUACUGCUGCCACCACCACCGCCCCAGAAUGGCCACAGCAACAGCAGCACUACGGCAUCUUCCACAGAACCACACCACCAGGGGAGAAUGACAGCAUCCCAUGCUGACACCACUUCCUUGAGAGUGCCCCCUAACGGCAGCCUUGGACCCGUGCUCCCUGUGGUUACUGCCUCUUCCAAACUCUCUCCUCCUCUGCUCUCUUCCAUGGCAUCCCUAUCUGCGUUCCCCUUCUCCUUUGGUUCCUUCCAUUUAUUGUCCCCGAAUUCACUGAGCCCUUCGACACCAACACAGGCAACAAAUCUUGGCAAGCCUUAUAGACCCUGGGGGACUGAGAUUGGAGCUUUUUAAAGAACUAAAGCUUUAGGAGGGAUGGGGGAAAGCUUAAAAAUCCAGCUGAGCUGGAUUGUUGCCAACUUCACCUUAAAAUCAUAAGUGAAAGUGAAAAGGAAAAAGGUACAAUUUUAGAUAAAAUUUGUUUAAGAACUAUAUAAAUUGGCUGGUUUUCUUUUCUCUCUCUUUUUGGUUUUUACAUUUUGUAUUAGUUUUUUUUUUAAUUAGUUGCUAAACUUGUCCAAAACAUUAAAUUGCAGUGGUGGGUAUAAACCAACAUCCUGUGAUGGGUUUGUACUAAGUGUCUAAUCCACUUUGUAAACAUGUAUCAUUGUUUCCAAAUGAUUCCACUUUUGCCUGAAAACUUUGGAACUUUUAAUUUAGUAUUUUGUUAUGUUUUUCUUGUUUAGCUACAACUUCUUAGAUUUUUUUCCAAACCACUAUGCUCAACAUUAACAUAAAUUCUGCUUGUGAAUAUUUUGACAGAUUAAGAUGUUCUAUAAGAAAUUACCACUUUUUUGGGGGGUAAUCUGUAUUCUGAUUUUUAUAUUUCUGAACAAAGCGUUGACAAAUCAGAAAAAUCAGCUUCAUCCAAGAAAAGAAGAAUGAUCUGUCUUUCUCCUGUAGCAGAUGGUUAAAUUUUGUGGGUGCCUAAUUUGGGUCUUUGACUAAACUGUUGUUAGGAGUGUGGCAUGAUUGACAGCUUUCACCUGGGGAAUAAUCACUCCUGGCCCAGCAGAAGUGUGACAGGUCAGGAUUUGAUGGGUCUUGGUGUAAACUGUUGGGAGUGAGAGAAGAGGCAGCUGGGAGAGUAAAGUUACAGAAUACAACCUGCCCGAAUUUAUCGGGCCCUGGCCAAUGUUACGAAUAUCCUCAUCCUUAAGAACUUCAGAUUCAUUUGAAACAUUACAAUGGGUAAUUAUCCUGGUGUGCUAGAGGUCAUUCAUUCAAGUAGUCUUGUGGAAACAUUGAAUGUUUAAUCUCCCCUCCCCAUGCAUUCUUUUACCUGGAAAACUAUUAUCUGUCACUUUCUGGUACACAGGAAUUUGGUUACUGAAGAUGUUAAAAGGGCUUUUCAGCAUUCUUGUUAUGUUUGCUUAAUUUGGUUCCAUCUGUGAAAGUAGCAUUUUAAACAGGUUCAUUUCUUUCAAAGGUAUAUUUUUAAGUGGCCUCCACUGAAUUGAGUUUGAUCUCCAUUGUAUUGAUGUGUUGUGAUUAAAUAAAAAAAAGAACAUCUGU